AUGCUGCGCUCUAUAAUCUCAUGCCUGUGGGCUUUCCUUUUCCUGGCCGCCGUGGCCAAUGCCCAAUUUCAAUUCUUCGAACAAAUGUUCGGAGGCGGCCAGCAGCACCCAGGCCAGCGACAGGGCUCACAGAACGUCCCAAGUGAUAGCAGCCGCUAUCAGCAGAUGUGGGCUCAAGCUCACUGCAGCAACUACCUUUGCCCCGGCACACUCGCAUGUGUGUCCGUUCCCCACCACUGCCCAUGCGCUCACCCCGAUGUUGAAGAGAAGGUCGAGCUAGGUGAAGGCAGUGCAAUCUGCGUGUCCAAAGGUGGAUUCAAGGCUGGCGAGGCGUCCCGAAAGAUCGAGCUGGCUCGCAAGGGUCUCUUGUGA